CCAUGUCCGCCACCGUCGACGUCGAGGCUAUGAGCCCUCAAGAUAGAGCUCGUUACGAGAGGAAACGCGAGCAUGAGUUUUACAGCUACUACGAACCGCUACGGAUACUCGCUGGACCCGACAUCAGAUGGACCGAUCCCAACUCUUCCGAUUCUAUAGAAGAACAUGAUCCGACCUCAUCCACAGACAAAGCGUUGACUGCGUUCUGUCAACUUGCUGCCCUUCGUCUAAAGGCCAGACGGGCUAUGAUCUUCUGUUUUGACAGUCAGCAUGCAUAUGUCCUCGGCGAAGCUACGCAAACCCUAUCAUUCGAAGACGACAACAUACACGACAACGGAGACAAUCUCUGGCUGGGCAUGACUAAGCUUCCACGCGGCUUCACUGUCUGUGAACACACGGUCAUGCUACCGACGAAUUAUGGCAGUAACGCCAACGACGAAAAUGCGUCGAAGAUACACAUUGUCAACGACCUUCGCGAGGAUUCGAGAUUCUGCAACCAACCAUAUGUUGCAGGAGGGAUCAAGGCUCGCUUUUAUGCUGGUGUGCCCAUCACCACUGCCAAAGGUUUCAAUAUUGGUGCUUUUCCGAUGCUANACAGUGAUCGUGUUAGCAUAUUGGAUGACCAUCCUCGAGAUGGGCUUGAAAACAAAGAUAUCCGAUUUGUCCAAGAAAUAGGCUCUUUGGUAAUGGAACAUCUAGAGAUGCUGAAGGCACGCGCAGAACAGCGUAGAGGCACCUUGAUGGUCAAAGCUCUAAACUCAUUCAUGGAGAACGAACCAGGUGCUCGUGAAGAGCCAACCAAAUCACCUCCUCCUGCAACUACGAAGACACUAGAGGCCAUCGCUCAAGCUACUGAGAUAGCUAACGCGGAGGGUACGGAGUCUUCCGAACACGUUAUUGAACAGUUAACUCUACAACACAAACUGGAGGAUGAGAAUGCCUUAAUGACGACAGGUCGAACAUUGAACUCGAUCGUUGCGGACACCACCAGCAAUAAAACGCCGAUGACUCCUGAGAUGGUGCGACCUUCGCUGCCACGCAGGGACAGCACAAAAUCUAAUACGGGCCUGGUUACUAAGAAGGAGGAAGAUCCACUCAAAACCCGAGAUCAGACUGCGAGUAAUGCGAUGCAGUCUGCUGCAGAUUACAUCCGGACAGCAGUCGGUGCAGACGGCGUUCUAUUCCUGGAUGCUUCGAUGUCAAACUUCGGAGAACUGGCAGAUGAAGAGGCCAUGGACAACACAAAACCAGGGCGCGAGCCUGAGCUUUUCACCAGCGACACAGAAGGAGCCGGCAGUGCUACGGAUACAGUUGACAGGCCCAAUAAUCAGGAAGAUGUUUCCAAGCCUUGUUCCGUCUUUGGAGCAUCUUACGGACUGGUACCAGCCAACUUCACACCGCCGCAUGCUGAGAUCCCAAAGAAGCUAUUGCAAUCUUUGUUAAGAUGUCACAAGCACGGCAAAGUCUUCUUGUACGGCGCUGAAGGCGAUUACACUUCGGACACGCAUACAUCGGACGGCUCGNGGCUUUUUGAUAUCCAAUCUACGUCUCUGACAUCCACCGGUGGCCGUGGCGUGAAGGAUUCCUCAUUCCAGAGACGCAAGCGAUCGACAAGGUCCGCACUUGGUAAGAAGCUAGGAGCUCUGUUCCCACAAGCAAGAAGUCUGAUGCUACUCGGCCUCUGGAACAUGUCUCGAGAUCGAUGGGACGCUGGUUGUAUCGUAUACUCAAACUCUCCAAUUCGAGUCUUUUCUCUCGAGUCUGAGAUGUGUUACCUCAAGGCGUUCUGCGAUGUCAUCACUGCUAAGAUUGGACGACUGGAUAUGGAAAUGUCACACAAGGUCAAGUCAGACUUCAUGUCAUCGAUCAGUCAUGAGCUGCGCAGCCCACUGCAUGGUAUCCUUGGAACCGCUGAGUUCGUCCAUGAUCAGAUUCAUGACGAUGAAACUUCGGAGAUGAUCUCGCAGAUUCAAGUCUGUGGCCAAACAUUACUCGAUGUAGUAGACCAUCUACUUGACUUCUCAAAGGUCAACUCUGUCUCCAAGCACAACAGAAAACAAUUACAGUCUGGCAUCGAUCAAAGAAAUCGCAACCGCUCAAGCGGUUUGGGCAGGACUGAAACGCUUGGAGGCAUGGUCGUUGAGAAAACAAACGUGUUACUCGACGAAUUGACAGAAGAAGUGAUUGACACAGCAGUCUACUCAUUCUGCUGUUCGAAAGAUAGCCAAACACUCGAUCAGCGGAAGGUCACGGUCGUCACUGAUAUCGACCCCAGCGCUUUGUCUUUGAACUGCGUCAUUGCAGUUGGGGCCUGGAAGAGAUUGUGCAUCAAUCUUAUCAAUAAUGCGCUGAAAUACACCGAGCGAGGUUAUAUUGUUGCCUCACUCAAGCUGAUGCCUCCAAACGACAGGCAAAAGCGCUCUCGAGUGCGACUGACAAUCACGGAUAGUGGCAAAGGUAUCUCCAAGGAGUUCAUGACUAGUCAACUGUUCCGUGCAUUUGCUCAGGAAGAUGAUCUUUCGGAGGGUACAGGUUUGGGCAUGAGCAUGGUUGCUAAGAUUGUGAAGAACCUUGGAGGACAUAUUGACGUACAAAGCAAANAGGAUGUUGGCACAACAGUCUCCGUUACCAUGCCGCUAGACGUCAAAGGGAGUGGAGAUGCCCAGCGCAUCCACAACCGUACCUUGUCAUCUGGACCAACUAUGAUUUCGAUGCACUGUCUGGGCUUUGCACCGACCGAGCCACAUCGGGAGAAAACCAUCAUGGCUGGUCGCGACUUCCAAAUUGAGACACUUCGCAAAUCGUGUCGACAGCUCAACGUCAUGGUCUCUCCCUCAAGCUGGUCAGCUCCCAACGGGUUCGAUUUAGCAAUGGUCACCGAAGAAGAUGUACCAGAACUUUUAAGGCUCUUGCAGCCCACUCUGGUAAGGACACCUCACGCUGGCCCCGACACGAUACGUGCCAUUCGGACAAAACCUCUUCUGGUCAUCUGCAGGAACUGUCGUUCAAGACGUGUGAUGAAGGAGUCUGCGCUCAAUCAGCUGGUUCACGGUCAUGUUGAAUACAUUUCACAGCCAUGUGGUCCACGGAAGCUCGCGGCCGCCAUUAGGAGGUGUCUUAGUGACACACCUAACUCUGACUCUUGGUCAGAAAACACACCCACACCUCAGGGCAACUCAUUACAAAAGCCUUUUGAUCCUGGCUUCCCUUUCCCAGCGAGACGACUAUCGGAAGAUUCCAACAUGCAAACGCCGAGGCCGCCAUUACCAGAGUCUUUCAGGCAGGGGAGCCAAGACAAUAAACCUUCAUCACUCCCUAAAGACUCGCCUUUGGAUGGUUUCGAGCAAACAACAACUGUCACCGCCACGACGAACACCACGCCGCUGAAGAAGUCAAAACCAGCCGCGGAGAUUGAUCCCACAAAGCCGACACUACUGCUUGUCGAUGACAACGUGAUAAACCUUCGCUUGAUUACCGCGUACGCCAAAAAGCACGGCCACCCCAAACUCACCGCGACGAACGGCCUCGAAGCCUUUGAAGCAUACAAAGCCGCCGCUCUCGGCAAUACCAACCCGACCACCCCAAAACCCGAAGUCGUGCUCAUGGACAUUUCCAUGCCCGUCAUGGACGGCUUUGAAGCCACACGCCAGAUUCGAGCAUUCGAGCGCAGUAACGAUAUCACGCCAGCGACUAUUAUCGCACUUACGGGCCUGGGGUCUGCGGAAGCACAAGAAGAGGCAUUUGUCUCUGGGAUUGAUUUGUUCUUGACCAAACCCAUCAAGUUGGAUAAACUUACAAAGAGUUUGAAUGAGAUUAGGGAGGGGAAUGUACAGCAUACG